AUGGCGGAGAAGAAAUUUUUGUUCAUAUAUUGUAUGUCUCCUUGUGGUGCACUAAGGCUAUGGUGUAGGCAAACAGAGGUGCGGCAGCAUCUGAAGCGAUUGAAUAAGCCUGCAGUUAAGAGCAUCAAGAGCCCGGAUGGAGAUAUUAUAGACUGUGUCCACAUCUCUCAUCAGCCAGCCCUUGAUCAUCCUUUACUCAAAAACUAUACUGUCCAGAUGAGGCAAAGUUUCCACCCAUUAGGCCUAGAUGAUGAGAAUGAGGUGGCUUCAAAGAUGGAGACUAGCUCCAUACGUCAGCUUUGGCAUCAAAAUGGGAGGUGCCCCAAGGACACCAUCCCUAUUAGGAGGACCAAGAAGGAUGAUGUGAUGAGAGCCAGCUCUGUCGAAAGAUACGGAAAGAAGAGGCACCAUCCCUAGUAGGAGGACCAAGAAGGAUGAUGUGAACAAUCGAUGGACAACAAAAAUAAAUAUUUUUCUUUUUGUAUAUUCAAGUAAUUUAAUAGCCCGCAAGAAAGAGAGAGAAAAGCUUGUUAUGGAAAUCCUUCAUUAUGGAGGAAACAAUUGAUGGACAAUUAAUUUGAUAAUCAGAUAAGCUCUUUCAAUUAA